UUCUGGCGUUUAAUAAGAUGACAACAAAUUUCCACGUAAAAAAAUAAUAUAAAACGAGUUGUCAAAAGUGCAAUUGAAAGAAAGCUGAUUUUAACACAAAUUUUUGUUUUAUACAUGUGCUAAUUUUGUAAAUAAGAAUUAUUUUAAGAAAACAUAAACUAACACAAUGGUCUUUGUAAGGAGUUGGGAAGAUUUCGAAGUAGCCGCAGAGAACAUGUAUUUAGCAAAUCCAAAGAAAUGCAGAUAUACAAUGAAAUACGUACACUCGAAAGGACACAUUUUAUUAAAAAUUACCGAUAAUGUGAAAUGUGUGCAGUAUAAAGCGGAAAAUAUGCCUGACUUAAAGAAAAUCGAAAAAUUUAGCGGCAAUCUAAUGGGACACAUGGCUUCGAACGAAUAAUGUUAUGAAUUAUUAAGUUUUUUAACAUUGAACAACGGGUGGGGAAAGUGGGAACAGAGUCGUUAUAGUUUAAAUAACAUUUAAUAAAUGUUAGCUUUGUAUACCACUUUGAGAGUGGCGUGCUUAAUUAUAAAGCAUUACUUCAUAACGUUAAUAUAAAAGGCUUUAAUUAUAAAUGAUAAUAAUAAAAUGUUUUGUAUAUGUGAAUUUAAAAACGAA